AUGUCUGUACCCAAUAAAUCUCUUGAUAAAAACAAACGUUAUGCUGGUGUUAAAGCCAAUGAUUUUGUAAACAAAACACGAGCAAACGAAACAAAUCGAUCAACUGCUCGUCCUCAAGGAUGGGCAAAUUUAGGAAAAAUAAAUAGUCGCCGAAUUCCACCACCGGCUAAUUUACCUAGUUUAAAAAGUGAAACAGGUAUUACUUCACCAACAUUUGAUCCAACAAUAACAACAAAUCAUGGUUGGACAUCAAAUGAAAAUUCAUCAACAACAAUUAAUACGAUAUCAAAUCCAACACAACAACAAAUUGAUUCAUUACCAAUUAAUUCUUCAGCAUCAUCACCACCACCACCACCAUCAUCACUACCACAACCAUUAAUGGAUAUUGAUAAACCACGUUUAGCAUCAACAUGGAAUACAACAACAUCUGGUACAAAUAUUAAUACAAAUGAAUCAAUACCAAGUUUACUUCCAUUAAAUGAUUAUCCUCGUUUAUCAACAAUACAAGAUCGUAAAUUACAAUCAGAAUCAAUAACAAAUAUACAAAAUCCUAGUUUUCGACCAGCUAAUUUAGCUAUAUGGAAAGAUGGUGGUAGUGGUAAUCGUAUACAAUCAUUAACAAAUGAUCUAUCACAAAUAAUAUUAAAUAAUCCUGGUGCUAAUUUAUAUCAACCACAAAUAUCAAAUCCAAAUAUGAGAAUGUAUCCACCACAAAUGUGGACAUAUAAUCCAUAUACACCAGUACCAUUAUCAAUACAUCAACAUCAACAACAACAACAACAACAACAACAAAUGAAUACAUUACAAGAUUAUAAAAGUCCAACAAUAUUACGAAAUAAAGAUAUUGAUGAUUUAUCAAAAUUAACCGAUAAUACAUGGGCGAAUGCAUCUCAGGAAGUAAAUUAUGAAGAAAAAAUACGUUUUAGUGAUGAUGAUGAUGAUAAUAAUAAUAAUAAUAAUAAUAAAAAUGUUCAUAGAGAUAUUUUAGAAUCAAAUAAUAAUAAUAAAUCACGUCGAUUAAAUCCACAAAUAUUACAACAUUCACGUUUAAUACAAGAUGAUGAACAUUUAAAACAAAUGCAAAAUAAUAAAAAUUCAGAAUUAAUUAAUGCAUUAAAUAUUGCUAAACAACGACGUGAUGAACAAGAACGUCAUCUUAAACAUGAACAAUUAAUAACAAAUAUUGAUGAACAAAAACAAAUACCAGGUUAUCAAACACGUCCAUUAUUAACAUCAAAUGAUCAAGAUAAUCAUAAUACAUCAAUAUUAUGGCAUACAAAUAAAGAUUUAUCAACUACAUCUCGUACACGUCAUGAUACAGCUAAUAGUCAAUCAUCAUUUACAAUGAAAAGUUGGUCCGAUCAAAUGGAUUCAUUUAAUUAUGCAUCAUUACAUGAAAAAUCUCGUGGACAUACAGAAAAUGAUGAAUUAUCAACAUUAAAUAAAUAUAGUCGUUCUCAAAGUGAAGCAAGUUCACAAUCACAACAUAAUAAUGAUUUAAUGCUAAAAAAAUCGAAAAAACUUCCAUUAACAUCAAAAAAACAACAACAACAACAACAACAACAACAGCAACAACAAAAAAUGAAUUUAUUACAAACAAAAAAUUUAUCGAAAAAAUCUAUUAAAAAUAAUAAUUUAGAUUAUUUAGAAAAUCAAAAUCAUUCAAAUGAUCAAUGGAAUGAAUCAAUUGAUAAUCGUUAUCAACAAUAUACAAAUGAUAAUCGUCGACAUCAACAAUUACUAUCCGAUGGUCUUUCAACACAAAAAUUAAAUCAGUAUAAUAAUAAACAAUCAUCAAUAAAACCACGUUCUAAUCAACGACAACAAAUAAAUUCUCGUACAAAACCAAAUUCAUCUAUAUCCAAUAAAAAUAAUCAAACUACAACAGUAUGGCGUCCAUUAUCACCAAAUCAAUCAUUAGGAUCAACUGAUCCAACACCACAAGAAUCAAUUUCAUGUAAAUCUCAACAACGAACAAAUUUAAAUGAACAUAAACAACGAAAUCAGGCAACAACAACACCAACAUCAUCAUCAAUUAUCGAUACAGCAUCAAUUCCACCAUUAAUGAGUGUACGAUCAGAUGGAACAACAACAGGAAAUUUAUAUAAAACAACAAAUCAUAAUGUUUCAUCACAUUAUGAUGAUGAAAAUAUUUAUUAUGAUUCUAAUUUAGAAUUACAUCAAAAUUAUCAUCAACAGCAGCAGCAUCAUUCAAAUAUACAUAAUCGAAGAUAUACAGCAUUAGGUACAUAUGGACGUUAUAAACGGGGUGGAACAGUUCGUCAUCAACAACAAUAUACAACAUAUAAUAUAAAUAAUACAUCUGGUAUAUCAUCAGCACCUAAUACAAGUUCAGGUAUACGUCAAAAAAAGAAUUCAACUAAUCGAACAAAUACAAAUAAUAAUAAUAAUAAUAAAUCUAAUCAAUCAGCUGAACAAAUAAAAACUGAAGAAGUAUCAAUAAUAAAACCUAUUGAAACAUCUGUAUUAUCUUCUCCAAUUGAAGUAUUAACAACAGAUAAUGAAAAAUCAAAUGAUACAUCUAAUCAAAAGAUUUCAAUAAAAAAUGAUAAUGAAUCAAAUAUUAUUCAACCAAUAGAAAAUGAUUCAACUAAAACAAAUAAAAAAUCGACAGUAAUAACAUCAUCUAAUCCAAAACGACAUACAAAUAAAAAUCAACAAAAUUAUCAUCAAGAUCAACGUUAUCAAAAUCAACAAGCUCCACGACAUAGAAAUAAUUAUACACGAUCAAUGCAAGACUAUGAAGCUAUGCAAAUGGCUGCUGCACAUAAUUAUUAUGGUACAACUCAUCGAACAGCACAUAAUGGUCGUAAUACACAUAUGCAUGAUUUAUCAAGUGAUUAUUACUACGAAUAUCCUAAACAACAUUAUAAUAAUCGAUAUAAUUAUUCGAAUGAACAUUAUCAACAACGUUCAACAAAUAAAAAUUCAAAACGUGGUAGUUCAUCAAUAAUAAAUAAUCGACAACCAAAACAACAAAUAAUCAAUGGAAGUAGUAGUAAUAAUAAUAAUAAUAAUAAUAAUGUUCGUCAUCAUUCAACAAGUGAUAAUGAUCAAAAAGAAGGUGAAGAAUGGGAAACAGCAUCUGAAUCAAGUACAAAUAUGCGUAAUGGUCAUUAUGAUACAAAUGCAAUAAAUACUGAACAAACAAAUGAAACAAAAACAAUUCAUCGUGGUAAAACACCACCGAAGAAAAGUUUUUCCAGUCAAAGGCCAAAUGCGCGUCAGAUUUUCAAAUAUACGAAUGCAUGA